GUCGCAGUUUUGGCGGUUUUGCUUGCGAGCGGUGAGUUGCGGCCAGCAGCAGGCGUGCGUCCCAUGAGCUGAUUCAGUUGGCAUCGUUCUCUGAGCAGCGAUGGGCUACCUCAAGUACAUUGAAGUGGAGAACUUCAAAUCGUACCGGGGACUCCAGCUCAUCGGACCCCUGAAGCCAUUCACGGCAAUCAUCGGGCCCAAUGGAUCCGGCAAAUCGAAUUUCAUGGAUGCCAUCAGCUUCGUGCUGGGCGAAAAGAAGAACUGCCUUCGUGUCAAGAAACUCAGUGACUUAAUUCAUGGAGCACCAAUCGGGCAGCCAGUGUCAAACAGAGCCCACGUGACGGCCGUGUACUGCAACGAAGAUGGCACCGAGACCCAUUUCACACGCCUGGUGGCACACUCAUCAUCGGAGUUCCGCAUUGACGAUGAGGUGGUGAGCCAAGACGAGUACCUGAACCGGCUCGAAGGGCUUCGCAUUAAUGUCAAGGCCAAGAAUUUCCUGGUGUUCCAGGGCGACGUCGAAACUAUCGCCAUGAAGAACCCGAAGGAGCGCACAGUGCUGUUUGAGGAGAUCUCGCACUCGCUCGAGCACAAGGCCGAGUAUGAGCAGCUUCGCAGCGAGAUGAUCAAAGCCGAAGAGGACACCCAGUUCUCGUACCAGAAGAAGAAGGGCAUAGCUGCGGAGAAGAAAGAGGCGCGUCUCGAGAAGGAGGAGGCCGACAAGUAUCAGCGCCUCAAGGAGACCCUGGCCGAGCGACAGGUGGUUUCGCAGGCCUUCCAGCUGUACCACAUCCAGCGCGACCUCGACUCGCUUGCUGCAGACAUGACCUCCAAGACCAAUGAGCUGCAGCGCCACGUUCGGAAGAAGGAGAAGAUUGAGGAGGAAGUGCGCGACAAACGGAAGGAACAUGGCCGCCUGCAGCGUGAUAUGGCCAAGAUUGAGCAGCAGAUCCGCGAGGCUGACGUUGAGCUGAACAAGCGUAAGCCGGCCUUUAUCAAGGCCAAGGAGCGGACGGCGCACAUGCAGAAAAAGUUAGAGGCAGCCCGCAAGUCUCUCAAGGCGGCAAAGAAGGUGGACGAGACGCAUCAGAGCGAGAUUGCCGAGCUUGAGAGGGAGCUUGAGGAAGUGGCCGAGCACAUGCAGGAGUUCGAGCAGCAGCUCAGCCAGGAGAGCCAGGGCCGUGACGUCUCGCUGGAGGACUCGCAGGUGCGCGAGUACCACCGGUUGAAGGAAGAGGCUGGCCGGCAGGCGUCGCUGCACCUGCAGAACCUGGACUCAGUGCGGCGCGAGCACAAGUCGGACCAGGACCGGCACGACAAUGAGCUGCGCAAGCGUAACGAGAUCCAGGCCAAACUCAAGCAGAAAAAAGCAGAGCUGGAGGAAAAUGUGCGGCGCGUUGACAAGCUGGCCGAGCAGAUCCGGUCGAGCGAGGCGAGCCUGGAGGAGCUGCGGCGGCAGGAGCAGGAGGUGUCCCAGGACGUGGCUGCCGCCAAGGGCCGCGUGGCUGAGAUCAACCGCGAGCUCGAGGCCCUGAUGAACGAGCUGGGCGACGCUAAGGUGGACAAGCACGAGGACUCGCGGCGCCGCAAGAAGGCCGAGAUCGUGGACCACUUCAAGCAGCUGUACCCAGGCGUGUACGACCGGCUGGUCAACAUGUGCCAGCCCAUCCACAAGAAGUACAACGUGGCCAUCACCAAGGUGCUCGGCAAAAACAUGGAGGCCAUCGUAGUCGACUCGGAAAAAACGGGCCGUGCCUGCAUCAAGUACCUCAAGGAGCAGAUGCUCGAGGCCGAGACGUUCCUACCACUCGACUACAUUGACGCCAAGCCGCUCAAGGAACGCCUCAGGUCCAUCACAAAUCCCAAGAAUGUGAAGCUUCUGUACGAUGUGCUCCAGUACGACCCUCCGGCCAUCAAACGGGCUGUGCUGUAUGCCACUAACAAUGCCUUAGUUUGUGAGACAGCUGAUGACGCCAGCCGUGUGGCCUAUGAUCUCGGAGACAACAAGAGGUAUGACGCAGUGGCGCUGGACGGCACGUACUACCAGAAGAACGGCUUCAUCUCGGGCGGCAGCACUGACUUGGCGAAGCGGGCGCGACGCUGGGAUGACAAGGCCUUCCACACGCUCAAGGCGCGCAAGGAGAAGCUCACUGAGGAGCUGAAGGAGAUGAUGAAGCGCACCCGCAAGGAGUCGGACCUGACGACGCUGCAGUCGCAGAUCCGGGGCCUGGAGACGCGCGUGCGCUACUCCGUGACGGACCGCGACAACAUCCGCAACAAGAGCAUGGCCAACCUGGAGAAGGAGAUUGCCCGCCUCGAGCAGGAGCUGAACCGGCAAGACCCACUUCUGAAGAAGCUUGAAGAGGAGAUGCGGACCAAGGAAGCACAGGUGGAUGAACUCAAGGAGGCGCAAAAUGGCAUCGAGGACCGUGUGUUCGCCGACUUCUGCGCCAGCAUCGGUGUCGACAACAUCCGGCAGUACGAGGAGCGGGAGCUGCGUGCCACCCAGGAGCGCGACCGCAAGCGGCUCGAGUUUGAGAACCAGAAAAGCCGCAUCGUAAACCGCCUCGAGUACGAGCGCUCGAAGGACACGGGCGAGAAUGUGCGCAAGUGGCAGAAGACUGUCGAGGACGACGAGAAAGAGCUGGAGAACUUGAAGCAAGCCGAGCAGUCCCAGAUGCACUCCAUUGACGAACAAAUGCAGGCUCUGGAGAAACUCAAGAGCAACAAGAUCAGCAAGAAACAGGAGCUAGACGCCGCCGAGGAGAGCAUGGGCGAAAUUCGCAAGCGGCUGACGGCCGUGCAGAAGGAAAUUGCGAGCGUGCAAAAGGCACUGACGGCCCUAGAGGCACGCCAAGAGCAACGGCGCCAGGACCGCCACAGUGUCUUCCAGGCGUGCAAACUGGAGCAGAUCCCCCUGCGCCUGGUGCGUGGCAACCUCGAGGACCUUGACGCCACGGCCCAGACGGAUGACGGAGCAGGAGGCGAUGAAGUGGCCGCUUCCCAGGCCAGCAUCACCAAGGUGUACGAGAGGGAAGGCCAGAUUGAGGUGGACUACUCCGUUCUGCCAGACGAACUGACCGAGCUGGACACGCCGGAAGAGGUCAAGCGGGAGGGGAACCGCCUCAACAAGGAGAUCACAGACAUGCAGAGUCACCUGCAGCGUAUCCAGGCGCCUAACAUGAGGGCAAUGGAAAAGCUGGACGGUGUGAAAGAACGACUGAAGGAGACAGACACAGAGUUUGAGAAUGCACGCAAGCGCGCCAAGAAGGCCAAGAUGGCGUUCGAGAAGGUCAAGCGUGAACGCCACCGCAAGUUCACCGCCUGCUUCGACCAGGUGUCCAACCGCAUCGACGAGAUCUACAAGGCGCUGACGAACAAUGCCAGUGCCCAAGCAUUCCUCGGACCUGAAAACCCCGAGGAGCCAUACCUGGAGGGCCUCAACUACAACUGCGUGGCGCCUGGCAAACGUUUCCAACCGAUGAGUAAUCUGUCUGGUGGUGAAAAGACGGUGGCUGCCCUUGCCUUGCUGUUUGCUGUGCACAGCUACCAGCCGGCGCCAUUCUUUGUGCUCGACGAGAUUGAUGCAGCAUUGGACAACACCAACAUCGGCAAGGUGGCAAACUUCAUCCGCAAGCAGACGGAGACCUCCUUCCAGUGCAUCGUCAUUUCGCUCAAGGAGGAGUUCUACAGCCACGCUGAUGCCCUGGUCGGCAUUGUGCCCGACCCCGGGGAGUGCACCAUCAGCCGAGUACUGACCAUGGACCUGUCCGAGGUGCCCGAGGGUUAGGGCCAACGAAGCUCUUCUUUGCGAAUGGCACCAGGGGGGAAACCGGACCGACUGUCUACGGUAGUAACGUGCAUCAGAGCGUGCUCCGGGGUAGCUUUUAAAAAGGUGUUUUAGUUUUGACGCGUGCCCACCCGAUUGGGCAUUAGGGUUCAUGUUGAAAGUAUUGAAAGCCUAGCCCCUAUUGCUGUCGUCUUCCGCCCAUGGCAGCGCCCUUGUUAUUUAAAAAAAAAUAGUUUGAUGCAGUGAAAACUUCGGCGAUCACACAGGCACGUUCCGCGAGGCGUCACCACCGUGGAAAGUGUCUCGUUGACGACAGUCAGGCUGCUGCGCGGCUCUGAGCAACCAACCAAAGUAUGCCUCUCACUGAAUUGGGAGAAUGGCCAAGUUUCAAAAUUGUGGCUGUUGGGGAUCCAAGGGCUCCUAGAUGGAGUGAAGUGCGACUUUUCCCAUUUUCUUGUACAUUCACUCACUCGUUUCAACGCUUUUUAUUUGUGUCCGUAUUGCUUGUACAUUGCAAUGCUUAACAUCGUCACAGCAGCAGGGGAAUGUGAUAAUUUUUUUUAUCAUUCAGAAUUUACUGUUUAUUCAUUUAAUAUAUGGAGAAGUUUAGUGGUUUGGUACGUACCCUAAAUUGUACUUUUGUAAACUUUUAAUGCGACUUAUAUGCAUCAACCGCUGCUUGCACAUACCGGUACAAUGGACCUGUAUAAGUAGCGUUAAGUAUUGGUGUUCUGGCACCGAGAUGUGUGGCCUGAGCGGAUGAUGCAUUUUAUCUCAUAUUGACGACUACCUAUGGCAUAGGAGACUUUUUUUUCUCUAACUUUUAUCACUUCUUUUGUGCUUUUAAGUCGUACACAACAAGCUUUUUACUCUAAAGUGUUGCUGCUUCUGGGAGCCUGUGAAAGUGAAUUAUUUUUUGUCUGGUUCUUGGAAUAAAAAGCAGUUUUUUUCAGC